AUGACGAAUGAACAAAGUGAUCUUAUCGAACAUGUUAAGCUGGAACAUAGUUCGAAAUAUAAACAACAACAACAAUUUGUACCAUUUAUUAAACAAGAAAAAGACAAUGACGAUCAGGUGACCGAGCAGGAAGAUGAAAAUAAAAUAACAAGAUUUGAAGAUUAUGAUGAAGAUGAUGAUGGUGGGGGUUCACAAAAUGACAGUUCACAAUAUGCUGAUCAAAGCCACAGUGACAAUGCAAGAGCAGAGGAAGAGGACGCACAAGGGGGAGAGCAAAAUAAUACACAAUUUUCUAAUUAUCAUGAAGAAGAAGAACACUCAGAGAUUAAUGAUAAUAACAGCUAUGCUCAAACGGACACCACGAUGGAAGAAGAAUCUCAAAAUAACAUGGAAUACAGUUCAUCAUUUAAUGAAUCGGAUGCGGAAGCUUUUUCACAACAAACUAACAAUAAUGAUGACGAACUUCUGUCAUUUGCCUGUGCCAAGUGUCCACAAACCUUUGCCACAAUUGAACAGUUACGAAUGCACUAUCAACAACAUCAGCAGGAAAAGGAACAGCAAGACGACAACUCUCCAUCUAAAUCGAAAUUCAGCUGUGAUAUAUGUCACAAAGAAUUUGGACUAAAAUUCAGUUUAAAUCGUCAUAUGCGAAAGCAUGCAAAGCCAACUUCGUAG